AUGGAGCCAUCGGCUUGGAGGGACGCCUCAACAAGAAAUCUGACCCAUGAUUCGGACUCAGUUAACCAGACCUACUUCUCCUGCUACCACCCCCUGGUGGUGGAAUACCGCUACUUUGCCGUGUUGUGGGGGUGCCUGGUCACGAUCACUGGCACCGUGGGGAACCUGAUGACCGUCCUGGCCUUCGCCACUGACCCGUGCGUCCGGACCCGCUUCAACGUGCUGAUCGUCAACCUGGCGCUGGCCGACCUGCUGUACUGCGCGCUGCUGCAGCCCGUCACCACCGACUCCUACCUGCACCUGCGGUGGCGAGGCGGCGCGCUGGGCUGCCGGGCCUACGGCCUGCUCCUCUCCGUCUCCAACGCCGUGUCCGUCCUCACGCUCUGCCUGAUCGCCGUGAGCCGCUACCUCCUGGUGCAGCGGAGGUCCACCUUCGAGCGGCUCUUCUCCGCCCGCGGCCUGCUGCUCCUGCUGCCCUCCACCUGGGCCCUGGGCCUGGCCAGCUUCGGCCCGCUCUGGCCCAUGUACGUCUUCGUGCCUCUGGUCUGCACCUGCAGGUACCACGGGACGCUGCUCCGCCCCUACGCCACCGUCCUGCUCCUCCUCUACUUCUUCGCGGGUUUGUUCUGCGUGGGCGUCUUCUACCUGCUGAUCUACCGGAGGGUCCGCCUGGCGGCCCGGGCCGUCCUCCGCCACCGGCCCAGCCGACGCUCCUCCAGGAAGAGGGUCGCUCCGGCGGCCGGGACGGAGGACGACAGCGGCGUCAGCCAGGGGGAACUGCCCGCACACAGGGCCGGAGACACGUGGUACAAGGAGCCGGGGGAACCACAGCCGACUCGCUCUGCCCUGGACUCGCACACGGCCAGGGCAAGGGCCUCCCCAGAGGAGUCAGCCACAACCCCGUCAGCCACCACCCCUCCGGCUUUGACCCCACCCCCUCCGUCCACCUCCCCUCCGUCUACGACCCCUCCAUCCACGACCCCCCCCCAUGCGACCGUGAGCUCCGGGGGCGACGAGUUAAAGCGGGUGACCCGAAUGUGUUUCGCCGUCUUCCUGUGUUUCGUGUUCUGCUUCGUCCCGGUCGUGCUGCUGAACCUGGCCGACCAGAGGGACCGCGCUCCGCAGAUCCUCCACAUGUUCUGCGUCAACCUGACCUGGCUCAACAGCUGCGUCAACCCGCUGCUCUACGCUGUGAUGAACCCCCAGUUCCGCCGGUCCUACCACCUGCUGCUCACCAGGGCCUUCUCGCCCCUGGGCCGUCUCUGGAGGGCCCUGAGGAGCAGGGAACCCCCUCAGCCUGCUGCAGCCCGCCCCGGGUCCCAUGCGUACCGCGCACGGCCACAUCCUCUUCGCCCCCUACUGACCGGACCGGGGGGGCCCGGCGGGGAGAAGCACACUGUGAAGCCCACGGACCGGUGA